CAUUAUUGUGUCACUGGCUGCUUAGAAAAAAUGCAGAAGAUUGUUUUAUUUUGUUUUGUUUGUUCUCUCUAAUUCCCAUUUCCUCGACACAACUGGAUACAUUUGGUGUAUAGAAAGUAACGGGACCGCCUGCAGAUGCUUAGGACCUUUAAGUUGGACCUAAAAUAAUAGUCUUCUCACAUCAUUUUAGAUCAUGAAAUAUUCUUGGGAAGUGUAUUUCCAUAGUUUAAGCCUCUCUUUCAUUUUAAGUCAGCUGGUAAAAUGACAGAAGGUAGGAUCCUGUCGCCGUGUUUACCCAACGGAGCUGGCUGUCAGAGGAUCCUGAGGUUCAUGCAGAUAACUUCCCAGGGUCAUUUCAGCCCCAGCAGGAAACCCAGCGAACGCUACAAUGAUCACCCAUUGCAUGUACGGCUUCCUGUUUGCUUUCUCUGUCUUUCCUGCACUCUUACUCGGAGACCUGGCGUUCCGAUGCCCACUCUGCACCUCGGAGAGUCUGGGUGCGUGUCCCAAGGUCACCCUGUGUCAGGAGAUAGUGAGGGAACCGGGCUGCGGCUGCUGCCCCGUGUGUGCCCGGCUGGAGGGGGAGCCCUGCGGGGUCUACACGCCGAGGUGCUCCAGCGGCCUGAGGUGCUACCCCACCGUGGACGCUGAGUUACCCCUGCAGCAGCUCAUCCAGGGCUUUGGCAGAUGCAGGCAAACUUCUGAACAGGACAUCAUGGUUAACCCGCAGGCGACAAACGAGGUGCAUGGGACUGAGAACCCACUCAGGAGACCUCUCCCCGAUCAACGGAACUGGCAGGAAACGGCCAAGAAUAAGUACCAGAACGACCUGAAGAACAGGAUGAGGAUUAAUUCUCACGAGGAUCGGGUCCAGAGAGAGCCACAGAGUACCUGUCAGCAGGAGCUGGACAUGGUCUUAGAGGAGAUCUCUAAGAUGACCUCGGAGGACAACAGAGGCCCGCUGGAGAACCUGUACGGACUCAAAUUCCCAAACUGUGACAAGCACGGACUGUACAACCUGAAACAGUGCAACAUGUCCACCCACGGCCAGCGGGGCGAAUGCUGGUGUGUCAACCCUUUAACGGGCUUCCAGAUCCCGGAGACGCCCAAAGUCAGAGGAGACCCCAACUGUAACCAGUUCCAGGAGCAGCUGAGUGUGAUGCCCACAGCAACCACGUCUCGCUAGCUCGCAGCAAACGGACCGGAGCGGGUCUCGCUUUGCUUGUCACACUUUGAACUGAUCUUUUUCCCCAAAAUGAGGCUGUUCGAUCUAAACGCGAUCUAAACGAGGAUGCUUUGGUGAUGAAAUGUUGCUCCUUCUUUUAAUUCACUGACACAAACAUUAGCAGCAAAAGCGAUCUUAGUAUGCAAAAAAAAAAUUCAAAGAAAACCGUCUGAAAAGAGAAUUUAGAUUCCAAUUAUCGGAUCAAGAUUCCAGACAAAGCAUUUUUUUUAAAUGAUGGGUUCCAGGCUAAAUCUUCCGGUCCCUGUUGUUGGUGUUCUGUCAGGGAUUUGUUCCAGCCACACUCAUGCUGUAAGUGAGCCAGCCGUGGCGCUGCGUUGUGCACGGCCUGUUCUCGGAGGCACGCCAUGUGAAAAUUGUGCAACUUGGUUUUUUUUUAUGUUUUGCAUUUUAUUUGCAGAUCACAUGUAAAGACAGCAAACGUCUAAUUCACAGUCCUACAGAAUAAACGAGAUAAAUUCAUAAAGAAAUAAAUAGUCACAGGAUAAAAAAAAAUUUCAAAUUGUGAUAAAAUAAGAUUAACCACUAGAGCUCCUAAAAACUUUACGUCCCACUCUCUAUUCAACUACCUGAUAGUCACAGGAAAGUGAGACCGGAUUGGCUGCUGCAGCUUCCUGUCUGAGUCAUGUGACCUGCUCUGUUUUUGUUGCCAACGCUGCACACAGAGUAGCUGAAACACAUUAAAUUAGCGGACCUGUUCAAGGCAAAGUGCCGAUUCGUAAAGAAAGGAAACUAUUUUUCUCUCUUUGAAAUGUUUCGAGCCUAAAUAUCAGUCAGUUAUGUCACUCAGUCAAUGCACAGAGGAAACUUGCUGGUGAUUGUAAUUCUGUAAACCGCUCUGCAUGGAAACGUCAUCAGAAAAGCAAAAUGUACAUUUAAGAAAGUCUUUUUUUCUUUUAGAAACAAAUGAGAAUGUGCAUUUAGAUGUUGUGUUGUCAGAACAUUAAAGCAGGUUUAUUACCAAAGGAACCUCGUGUUGGAGCAGCAUAAUGAGGCUGACGUGUAAGUGAAAUAAAUAAUCUGCUGAUGUCUGGACCAGCAGGACAGGACAGACCGCUGCAUCAGGAACAUCACUGCAAAGCAAAUUAAAUGAAUGAAAAUGCUGAUAAAAUAUAGCACAUUGAUUUAAUGCAAUUAAAAAUUUACAGAGUUUUUAAACAUUCACGUUGCAUUAAUGCUAUUAAUUGUAAAUGCAGGUUUGUUUUGCUUGGAGUGUUUCUAACUAGUCUGAAUCAGCAGGGGGGUUAGCUUUAGCAUGCUAACAUUAGCCGUGACAUGCUCAGUUCAGUCCUGGUACACGAUGUAGCGCCACAUGGUUAGCAUGUCGUGCGCUAGAUGACAGCAAACAUGUUGCAUUGUGUUACAUUUUGUGACUGUUUUUCACAGAUGUUAAUGAAACUGAAGCAAAUUGUUGGUUUGUUGCCGAUUGUUUUAUGUAUGAUUUCUGUUGGGUAUUCUGUAGAUGUUUAUGAAAAUAAUACAUUCAUAACGUCACGAUUUUAUUCAAUGUCAAGUUUUAUUUUAGUGAAGCUGGCGCAACCAUUUUAUCCCUUCGAGUCCAUUUAUUAAACACAAAGAUGAUGAAAAGGCUGUUUAAAUAACUGCAUAAGAUAUGAAACAGUGAGAAUUAUAAAAAAUAUAUAGUUUGAUGAUCUUGUCAAAACACGAGACAGAUCAUUUUUUGCAUGUUCUGGUAGGUGGGUGGACAUAUUCCAGUUCAGAUUGACCAUCAGCAUGGAUUGUAGUCGACGGGUCAGUAUUACAGAACUUUAUUUAAAAGAAAAGAGGCGACCAGGAAAAGGAGCAGCCAGACUCUGUUAAGACCACGUCCUCUCCGGGGACAUCCAUGCAUUUUUCACUGAGACGAUAGAAAACCACCUUCCUAAUGCCUGGCUGAGGAAGAGGCGGGUAUGGCUGCAGUAUGGACCUGCUCCUUAUAGAAAAUUAUG